AUAACGUUGCUACACUCAAUGACUUAAAGGGGGAGAGCACAAAGAAGCAGAGUGCUUUAGUCCAAGAUUAUCUUUUCACUUUUUUCAGUCAACAAACAGAGCUAAAAACAGUUUAAAAAAAAAUAUUUAUUUUUUUUUCAUUAUUUUUGCCUUUCCUUCCCUCUGCGUGUCGUCUAGAAUCAGACAUUAAUGUAGAAGUUUUUUUUUUUUCCUUUUUUUUGUCAGCUCACCGCUAAAGCUAGCAAUCUGAGUUAACGCGACGAGUUUCUCAGUUCGCUUGUAGUCGCUUUCGGCUAACUUACUUUGUUACCUAAUUUAACUGGCACUCUUUGUAGCGAUGUCAAUCCAUCCACCACACGAGAAACUGUCUUUUCAAUUAGCUUUGCAGUGAUGUCAAGGUCACAAUGAUGGCGCAGAACUGAAAGAUAAUGCCAUCACGAUGAGUAUCUAGAGAGAGUUUAACUUCUCCAAUUAAAGUUUUGGUUUAUGACAGAUCUAGCACAGGCCUGAGGGUAUGUUGAGACGUCUCGCCUGGCCAGAUCAGAGGCGUUUAGGUGGUUCGGACGGGGACUGAAUGUGAGGAGGAAGGGAGAGGGACCAGUGAGAGAGACAUGGGCCAGUGCGUCACCAAGUGUAAGAAUCCAGCGUCCACACUCGGCAGUAAGAGUGGAGACAAGGACAGCAGUUCCAAGUCCAGCAAGAAAAGUGGCACUGCUGGAGGCGGGAGCCACAAAGAAGAGCUGAGUGCUCCAUGUAGCAAAGCCACCAGUGAGCUUUCAAAUGGCACCAAAACCCCUGAUGUUACAGUGGAGACACCCAUCCUCCCAUCACUGAUGGGGGAGUCCCUCAAAGAUGAUCGUGUGAAUGGAGAUGGAUUGUCCAUGUGGCGUAUCGAGGAGCUCUUCUGUUGCUACAAGGAUGAACAGGAAGAUGCCAUAUUGGAAGAAGGCAUGGAGAGAUUUUGCAAUGAUUUGUGUGUGGACCCAGCUGAGUUUCGUGUUCUGGUUCUUGCCUGGAGGUUUCAAGCAGCCACUAUGUGCAAGUUUACAAGGAAGGAGUUUGUUGAGGGGUGCAAGGCCAUAAAGGCGGACAGUAUAGAGGGCAUCUGCUCACGCUUCCCCUGCAUGUUGGUGGAGGCCCAGGGUGAGGAGAACUUCAAAGACCUUUACCGCUUCACCUUCCAGUUCGGCUUGGACGCUGACGAGGGCCAGCGCUCUCUGCAGCGUGACAUCGCCAUUGCCUUGUGGCGGCUGGUUUUCACACAAAACAAGCCAGAGAUCCUGGAACACUGGCUGGACUUCCUUGCUGAGAACCCCUCUGGAAUUCGGGGCAUCUCAAGGGACACGUGGAACAUGUUCCUCAAUUUCACACAGGCUAUAGGGCCUGACCUGAAUAACUACAGCGAGGACGAGGCCUGGCCCAGCCUCUUCGACACGUUCGUAGAGUGGGAGUUGGAGCGCAGAAAAAGAGACCAGGCACUGUUUGCAAAACAGGAAGAAGAAAAAUGUUCUACGACAGAGGCUUCUUCCACCACAGAUGGACUUGAAACAGAGGGGGGUCGUGGGUCACAGACAUGGGGGGGGCACUGACCAGAAAAUAAUCAACAUUUGCAAGAGAGAGAAGGAUACUUUUAAGUGAAACGUACAUCUGUGAAUCAUUGGAUAAAUGAGUAUUACCAUUUCAUUCGCUUUUUUUAGCUCUCCGUUAAUAUUGGGAUUGGAUUUCCGCUUUUCUCUUGUGUUAUGUUCUAAGGGCUCUAAAACUGUUUUAAGCACUUCUAUUUAAGUUAUUUUAUGUUUCCCCCUUCCUUCCAUAUGUUUUUAGUCAUUGAACUUGUGGUCUAUUUUAAUACCAACACAUACACACCUUAAACCAGCAGAAUUUGCUAAAUAAAAACGUGGUUUUUAAAGUGGUCAUAACGGAGCCAUAAGCCUUUUACCCAAAUUUGACAGAUUUAACCUAAUGUGUUUUGUAUAAUGAUUUGGUUUCUAAUAAAGAAGGGACAUUUUAGCAGCCUGUCUGCAAAUAAUUUCUUAUCAGACAUGAAAAUUGUAAUAUCUAAGAAAGUAUUGUGUGUUGAUUGGACCUAUAUUGUCAGAUAUUAGUUUUGAUUUCCAGUGCAAUGUGGGUUCAUUUACUCUGAUUGGCUUCACGGCGACUUACUAAUACAUGCAAAAAACCAUUGAUCUCAGUGGGCGAUUGAAUUACAUUGUGUUUUUUUGGGAAUAUUUAAAUCUUGGUAUGGUUUCCACGGUAACUGACGCACCAUCUCUUGCGUGGAGUGGUUUUGAGUGCUUAUUGGGCUUGAGAAGCAGAGCUUGUUUUAAGCAGUGGCUUUGCUUCCAGUUGACCUCAAUUCUGUUGAUGUCCACCAAUUUUCAAGAGGGAAUUAAAGGGAUGCAACAGAAAGUCAAUGACACUGGCCCAUGUCAGUUGCUUCAUAGAUAUCAUCUGGGAGACAUAUAUUGCAAGUAUAUCCAAGUAUGAAUACUCUAAAGUAAAUGGAUAAACUUGCAGUAUAUUUAGAAUAGUUGGAAGUCUCACAAAGGUCCUUUUGUACUCCAAGAGUUUGAGUUUUUGCAUCUUUAAACUGCAACACAAAAAUAUGCAACUUUUGAAGUUAUUUUGAUUGCAUAAAUAAUGGCUGUAAUUGCACAGAAACCAAUGACUUGUUAACUUGCUGUACUCUGAAUGCUAUGCGGAGAUUGAUGUUAAACACAUUUAAAAUCUUGAGACUUUUCCAAACUGUGCACAUAAAGUGCUACUUUGAAACGAGUGUUAAUUAAACCUGCUGGUUAUCAACAGACUGUGAUAAGGGUCCAGUUUGAGGUUGGGUAUUACCAGGUUUAUUUGGUUUACAUUUUUUUCUUUUCUUAUUUUUUUGUUUGUAUACCAAGCAUGUUCAUUUCAGUUUAUAAUGAAAUAUAAAAACAAAUAAAAGCAGGUAUGUAUUUUUA